UUUAUAAUAAUAUUAUACUAUUAAUUGCGAAAAUAAUCAGUGCAUUAAUAAAAAGAAUAUUUAAAUUUUUAAAAAGAUUUUGUUAGAUUUUUUCUCAACAGAUUUUGUUAUUCCUAAACUAAAAUUUAAAUUUAUAGUUAAAAUGAAUUUGUUAUUAAUAUCCUUAUAAUUAUUUAGAAAUGUUAUACAUUAAAUAAACUAAUGUAAACAAUAAAAAAAUAUUUGAAUAUAUGGACCUAAACUUCAAGUAUGACUAUUUUGUAGUAGAUAAAAAUGGUACUUCUCUUUUAACAGAGAAGAUAACAAUAUUUGAAAAUAAGCGGUUACCGUUUUUUCUUAUUAAUUCGUUGUAAAGAUUACUGUAUAUCUAGCUUUCCUUUAGCUUCAGAUGUAACCCCUCCAUCAGUUGAAAAAUCAACUACAUCUUCAUUUAAACCAUUUAAAAGAACCAAUGUCUCAAGAUGAGCUAAGAUCUUUUCCUUAGAGAGAGAGAGAAUGUAAUAAUAUUUUACAUUUUAAGGUUUCGACUUCAGCUCAUCUAGUAGUCAUGUUGAGAGUACCUAUUUCUCUCUCUCUUAGGCAUUCUAAAAACUAAAAGAACCUUCUGCGAUAGUUUUGGAGACCGCCCGUCCUGUACACUCGGCAUUCGCCAUGAAACAUUCAUUUUAAACCAACGGAAGAAAGUUGCUUAAAUACAUUUCAUAAACACAAAGAAACAAUUUUAGGAUAGAAUCAUAUGCGGUUCUUAAAACCACAUGCUUUAAAAAAUUAUGUAUGAUGAGCAUUACUUAUAUUAAUUGAGAUGUACAACUAUAAAUCUAACUUUGAUUUUUUCUUAAGAAAAAAAAACAGCUAAGGGAAAAUACAAUUCAUUACCGGAUCUAAACUUAUGAAAUAUUGACCUUGACCCCUAAAUUUUUUGAAGGUUAUAGAUAGAUAUAGGUUCCAAAAACUAUGAUUUUAUUUGUAUAAAAAUUCUUAAGAAAUGUUUGUAGUCCCUGAAAUUUUAGAUCGGGUCAUGAUGAAAUCUAAUUAAAAAAAAAAAUUUUAAAACAAUUUUCCUUAAAUAUUAUAAAUUAAAAGUAUGUGUGUUUUAAUAUCAGAACAUAUUCUUUCUUUUUUUAAGCAACAAAUCAGAACAGAUAUUCAAAUGACAUAUUUUCAACUUUUCUAACGGGGUUUUGAAAAGAAAAAAAAACUAACAUUUUUUUUAGUCUUUUCUCUAUGUAUCCCUUCUUCCACUAUACAAUUCAGAGCAUAUAUGAUACAAAAUAAUGUAAUAUUAAUUGAAAAUUUGUCUAUAAUUUGUUACAAUACGUAUUUGAUGAGGAAAAGAAGAGGAUAAUGAAAAGGCGGCAUGAUCCUAACAUGUUCUCUAACAUGGCUUGAUUUGAAUCAAACAUCCAAUCUCCACAAAGAUGCAUGCGUGUUUGGUUUCGUUCCAGAGAAUACUUAGUGUAAAGAUACAUUCCCCUCAUGCCACAAUGUGAACUUAAACCACUUCGCUCUUUCUAACAGAAACCCAUUAAUUAUAUUAAUUAGCAUUUAUUUAUUCAACAUGCUCAUAUUAUUAGGAGAAGACUAAGACUACACAUAAAUCAUAACUUGUAAAAAGACAAACCCUUUUUGAUAAAAAAACAGCUAUUCUUCUUCGAAUCCUGUCGGAUUAAACUUUAUACGUUAGACAUAAGCUGUCCUUACCACAUUAAACUAAUGAAAAAACAUGGGUCUUCUUCCACGCACAUGCAAUUAUAUAUAUUUAUAUAUAUGGUAACUACAAGCAAAACACCUACGACUAAACAGAACAAACAGUUUUAUCUCUCUCUUUCUCUCCUCUCUCCUCUCAUUCAAAACUAGGGUUCUUGAGUUGUCCAUGGAGAGAGAAGAAUGCAGCAGCAGCGAAUCCGGUUGGACCACGUAUAUUUCUUCGCCAAUGGAGGAAGACGAGGAAGAGGUAAUUGAUGAGGUCUAUUAUGAAGGGCAUAGCAUCGAAAAAGAUGGAAGAAAAUAUGUCAACGAGUACGAAAGCAACAAAGACAGCGACGAUUCAAUGGCUUCCGAUGCUUCUUCCGGGCCAAGUUAUCACCAAACGAGCAACAGAGGGAGACGGAGAGAAGGUCUCGUUUUAAGAAACGGGAAAAGUGAAAGUAAUAGUAAGAGUAAUAGUGUUUAUGAUUAUAAACAUGAUGAUAAGAAUAGUGGCAAUCAUAAAUCUAGGACAAAAGAGAAGAAAAAGGGUGAAAACAAGAGUAGAUCUUCUAAAAAGAAGUAAGUUCUUUUUUUUCUUUUUUUUUUUCUUUUCUUGAAGUUGUUUGUAUGUAGAUUGGGAUUGGAUUAUCGAUUUCCUUAUUUUGUGUUGGGGGUUUUUGAUACCUCACGCAAAGGGUGUUUGAUUAUUUCUAUUUUUCAGUUGAUAUUUGUAUUCUCUUAUACCAGUCUUGUCUCUUGAUUAUUAUUAUUAUUAUUAUUAUUUUACUUCUAAUACUAAUGCAACAUGAAGAUUAUUAUUUCUCUCAUGAUAAAUCUUUAAUACAUGCAUGUUUAGGUGGUUGUUGGUAAACUAAAACUAAAAUUUAUAUUAUAACUAGAUUAUAUCUACGGUUUAGUUUGAUCAGACUAAAGCUUAAAUUUACAUUUACACAUGCAUGUUUAGGUAACGUCGAACGGCUGUUUCGAACGCCAUAUGUUUUUUCAUGGCGAUGAUAUUUAAGGAAAAAGAAGGAUAAGAUGAAUAUUUAAAUGUAUGGUUAGUCUUUGAAAAUUUCGGUUAUAAAUAAGUACUAUUGAGAAAUGCUGUCAUGAACGAAAGUGGUGCAUUAUGAAAAUAGGUAUAGAAAGGCAUGUGUGAUGAAACGUGUCCAUCGAGACAACUUCUCCAUUAUUGAUCACAUUGUGGCUUUCUAUGUGUGUUUGAUCAAAUUGUCUUAAAUAUAUAUGAUGAAAAUAUUUUGUUCGUUUGUUUGUGUUGGCUGUAAAGAGAGUAAUGGAUCCACCGCAGACACAUGACAGCAACAUGGGAACUAUUCCACAGAAAAAUAAUUAGUUUUGUUUGAAUGUUCACAGUUUUUUGGGCUACGCAUAUAAACUAGAGAAUGUGUAAAUUACUCCACCCCAAAUUGAGGAACUGAACUAUGCUAAGUCACAAAUUACACCAUGUACGGUAGAUAUUAUGACAAAAGGUAGAAUUUAAAGUAAGACAAAUCCAAAGCGUAAUAUUUGAGAAAAAAUGUGGAUGAAAGUUGUUGGUAAAACAUUAACCGGAGUCUCUGGUGGUUGGGAAUCCAUUUGAUCCCACAAGUGCACAACAACCUAGAUAGACAACAACUAGUGCAAAACCAUUUUCCGAGGAAGUUCCUAUGGGCCUACUUCUUUAAGAAAGAAGUUAAAACAAAACCAAAGGUCCAAAACCGAAAUACAAACCAAAGUUUUGAAAUAUUAGCCCAUGGGCCUCCAAUAUAAAUAAUUGUUUUUCGACGUUAUUAUCCUCAAUUUACUUUAAGGUGAGUUAGCUAAAAAACAAAAGGAUUCUUCUACCUAUAAUUUAAUUUACUAUUCCAAAGUACUCAUUAACAUUCACAUGUUAUGACGGAAAAACAAAAGAUAAACUUUAUUGUAUAAUUUUAUAAAAAGAAUCUAAAGAAAGAAAAACCAAUUGUCGUACGAAACGAAAUAGAAAGAAAGGAAUGGUCUCAGAUACACUCGUACUUUGGACACACACAUUUAUAGAAAGAUAGAGACAAAGAUUGAGAGUCGUUCAAAAAAAAAAGAGACAAAGAUUGAGAUGAUUCUUGAAAGUUGAAGCAAAACGUAAAGUGAAAGAUAAAACAAUCAAAAGCGAGAAAAGAAACUCCACUGUUGUUGGAAGAUGAAAAGGAACGAAAAAAGAUUCUUAAAUGUUUUAGGACCAGAGUCCUGUUAUAUAGUGAGACUAAGGAUUUAGUUUCACACUUCCUGUCCUGAGGACAAUGACUUGCAGAACGAUUAGUGAUAUAUUUUCCCCUUUUUUUUCUUGUAGCUAGCCACCAGCAAAAUCGAUCAAAUGUUUUUGUUUCGUAAUGACUGGAUCAACGACAGGUUUCUGUAACAAAAUUAACUAACUACGAGUAAAAAGAAUUAAAACGGACAUGAUUUAAUUGCUGGUUGAUGUCGUCACUAAAUAUUAGAUGAACAUGAUAUUUUAAGCUUUAUGUGUCUUUUCUUUAUUUCUUUUUCCAACUUUGUUGGGCGAUUUCGUGUAGAAAAAAGUUGCCCUUCUCUAUGGGUUAGCUCCGUACUCUAGAGUUGUUUAUAUGAGUGGAUUCGAGUAGACUACGAUGUGGAAGGCUGAGGUUUUGCUUGGUUUAAAUACUUCGGUAUUACUAAAGAUUGGUUUUGAUCAAGAGAUUAUAUGAACAUAAGAUAUAUACGCAUGAAUGAAAAUAAAGAAAAAGAAGUUAAAGGUGACUACAUCUUUUUUAUUGUCUCUUUGAGUAUUCCACUGACAUUGUAUUCUGCGUGAAGAUUGACGAAAAAAGUUGAAUGAGUGAUUGAUUUUUUCUAUAUGAAAAUUAUAUAUUAAAGGACAGGUUUUAUGCGAUUAUAAGUUUCUUGGCUAGUAAGGUUAUGGCAAGGAAUCUCAUGACACGAAAAAAUAGAAAGAAAACAAAAAUAAAAGUUUGCUUGUUUUGUUGACCACAUUUCGUAAGAGGAUUUCGUACGUAUAAGAUUGUUUCUUUGUCUAUCUGUCUGUGUCAAAAAAAGAUAGCAUGAUAGGUUUGGGUUUACUUUGUAGUUUGUACCAUAUGAAAAUGGUUUUUGGUUCUUGGCUAAUCUUGUAAAUCCGUUUUAUAGCCGUUUCUUGUAGAUUUUGAUGUAUAAAAGUAACAGGUUUAUAUGUUACAAAAAAAAGUAACAGGUUUAUAUCAAAAGUGUGCAUUUGAUGAAAUGUACGUGCACAGUAUUUUCAUAAAAUUAAGGUAAAGGUCUCACUGAUUCCAA